AAACAAUUCCCACUCAUUUGAAAACGCGUAAACAAACCGAAUAAAGGCGUAAAGGCUUUGUUGAAAAGAAUAUAAAAAACAUUAUAUUAUUAAUGGAAAUUUGCGUCUGAUUUAUUGUAUAUUGGUUCCAACAAUAAAGCAUUUUGGUUGUACGCAAUUUCUUUCUGGGAACGCAUGGUAAAUAGACUUGUGGAAUUGAUUUGCAAAGAGGAUUUAGAGAAAACAAGACUUCUUUUAUAACGAAAGCAGCUUCUACCGCAUAAAUUGAUUGCCGAAAAGCAUCCAUACUCGCAUAUGGAUUUUGCAUGAAAUUUACAUUUUUAAAUCAUAUGAAGUUUGUUUCUUAGCAAUAUGAAAAAGUUUCCUUCAUGUUUUCGCAUUACACCGCACUUUGCGUGUCGAAUACAUUGCUGUUUUGUCCGACGUCUACCCUAUCGUUUUAUAUCUUCAAACUCAGACACUAGUCCUCCGGAGAAUGCCCCAUUGGAAAAUAAAAGCUCAGAGUCAAUAAAACCACAGGAAGAAGUUAUUCGACCAUGGUACGUUGAAUAUGCUGAGAGAACAUUUCCCAAAAAGAAUGUAUAUACACCCGAAGUACCAGCUUUACCAGAAGCAGCCCCAGAUUUUUUGCAAGAAGUUUUGGAAACAUUAUCCCAACGAUAUCUCGUCUCUGACUUGAAGUUUAUACACCCAAAGGCAAACCAGCUAUGGAGUACUUCAGACUUGAUGCUUCUUGGUACAUGUAAUGACAACACUCAUGUUAUAACAGUCACCCGUGGCAUUUCUCAAACAUUAAAGAAAAUGAACAUUGGCGCUGUUCACGUGCAAGGUCUUCCGAAUUUAUCACGACAGCGAAUUUUGGAUCGCAGAGCGUUAAAACGUCCUGAAUCAUGGCGUAACAAGGUGUCUGUUCAGCAGACAAAUUGGACAUGCAUUCAAAUUGAAAACUAUAAUGUGGUAAUUCAUUUGUUUACGAAAGACGCACGAGGUUACUAUCAGCUAGAAAAUAUUGAUCAAGAUUUGCACCAGAUUUUGUCUGAUAAUUAUGACUCUGGAGAGCUCCAGUCGGCUUCAUUCCGCCCAGGAAAUAAGAAAAGAAUCACUUCUGGGUAUUCUACUUUCCUAGGAGAUAAAAAACAGUUUCAUACGUUUUGCUCUCGAAACAACUCUACUGCCUCAAAUAAUAUAUCUUCUCUCCAAAAUUUGUCGGAUCCACUUGAGGAGGCAAGAGGGAAAUACCUUGGGAAUGAUCAAACUUUUUCUUUGGAUUCUUUUUAUCAUCAGGCUAAAAAACUUCUAGAUUCGUCCUCCUCUCAGGUUUCUCUGCCGGACAUAAAUAAUCUGUUAACGGCUGUGGCCGUCUCGACCCCUCAAUCCAUAAAUUCUUUGUCUUUAUCAAAAGAGUUGGUCAACCAGAGGAUCAAAUUCUUAACAUCACUUUACACAUCUAUUCAAAAAACAAGUCCAAUUGAGAUCACUACUUUACGAAGAAUUCUAUCCAAAUGCCUUUUAUGUUCCUGCAUUAUAGAGACAAAUAACUUUCAUUAUCUAGACCCUCGCAUCUAUAAAAUUGAACGACUCAUGUACCGUCAUGGUAUAAGUAUGACCGUGGGUUCAUAUUUGCUAAUCCUUAGCAUUUUUGCGAAAUACGAUCGCUGGAAUGAUGUUUGGCUUCGCUGGAAUAAAUUAACGAAUUUUGGAAUUUUGCUGGAUGAGGAUAUGUACUGUCAUAUCUUUCAGUUAGUGGCUGAAAGUAAGAAUGAACGAGCUGCAAUUUAUUCUUUAUCAAAUGUAUUUGAAGAUAUGCUUUCCCAAUCCCCUGAUUUAUUCGCCUCUAAAAAUAUCGCGUUUUAUUUGUCAAAAUGCCUUGAUUUGAUAUCUUUCAAGAACGAUAACUCGUAUCCAUUAGUUCAUAAAUUUAUCCGAGCAUCUAAAGCAGAGGUUAAUUAACCUAAGCUCUAGGGCUUAGUAUACAAAACUUUUGUAAUUAAAUACUCCCUUCUUUAUGAGCAGCUACACUUUAAUAAAUAUUUAAUGCUGAAAUCAAUUUAUUCAUCAUUUUAAAUUUCCCUAUUCACCUA